GGUUAGUCCAGUUCAGAUCGCGCACUCGUCGGCUCCAGACGUCUUUUUGCCCAUAGAGAGCCAGAGGAAAUACAAAUAUAAAGUCUUUGGGCGAACGCGAGUUUCAUCAGUUGGUUAAGUGUCCACGGAAGAUCGGCACGUGCUCCGCUCGAUUGCUAUAGCGAGUAGAGAGAUACUUUACUGCCUUUACUGCAGUAUCGCCUCAUAGACACAAUGGCGAAGAAGGAGGACUCACAGUUGCCCCAAGCUGGUGACUUUCAGCUGAAGGAAAGAUCAGGCAGUGAUGAGCCACGGAAGUACAGCUACUUUGAUCUGUUUAGAUACUCAACCAUAUGCGAGCGUUGCCUGAUGGUAUUCAGCAUGGUGGUGGCCACCGCUGCGUCCGCAUUCAUUCCCUACUUCAUGAUCAUCUAUGGCGAGUUCACGUCCCUGCUGGUGGACCGAACAGUGCUCGUGGGCACAUCCUCACCAGCCUUUGCACUGCCCAUGUUUGGUGGCGGCAAGCAACUAACAAAUGCCAGCAAAGAGGAGAACAACCAGGCGAUCAUUGAUGAUGCGAAGGCCUUUGGAAUUGGCAGUCUGGUGGGAUCUGUGGCCAUGUUCCUGCUCAUCACACUGGCCAUCGACUUGGCCAACCGGAUAGCCCUCAACCAGAUCGACCGCAUCCGAAAGCUCUUCCUGGAGGCCAUGCUGCGCCAGGACAUCGCCUGGUACGACACCAGUUCGGGCUCCAACUUCGCCAGCAAAAUGACAGAAGACCUGGACAAACUGAAGGAGGGCAUUGGCGAGAAAGUGGUGAUUGUGGUUUUCCUGAUCAUGACCUUUGUGAUUGGAAUAGUGUCCGCUUUUGUCUACGGAUGGAAGCUGACCCUAGUCAUUCUCAGUUGUGUGCCCUUCAUCAUUGCGGCCACCAGUGUGGUGGCGCGACUCCAGGGAUCGCUGGCCGAGAAGGAGCUGAAGUCCUACUCCGAUGCGGCCAACGUGGUCGAGGAGGUGUUCAGUGGAAUUCGCACAGUGUUCGCCUUCAGUGGCCAGGAGAAGGAGAAGGAACGCUUUGCAAAGCUGCUCAUUCCCGCAGAGAAUACGGGUCGCAAGAAGGGUCUCUACUCGGGCAUGGGAAAUGCCCUUUCCUGGUUGAUCAUCUACCUGUGCAUGGCCCUUGCCAUCUGGUAUGGAGUGACGCUCAUCCUGGACGAGCGUGAUCUUCCCGAUCGCGUUUAUACUCCUGCCGUGCUGGUCAUUGUCCUGUUCGCCGUGAUCAUGGGUGCCCAGAAUCUCGGUUUCGCCUCGCCACACGUGGAAGCCAUUGCUGUGGCCACGGCCGCUGGCCAGACGCUGUUCAACAUCAUCGAUCGUCCGUCGCAGGUGGAUCCCAUGGAUGAGAAGGGGAACAGGCCGGAAAACACCGCUGGACACAUUCGUUUCGAGGGCAUCCGCUUCCGUUACCCCGCCCGGCCAGAUGUGGAGAUCCUCAAGGGUCUGACCGUCGAUGUGCUUCCGGGUCAGACGGUGGCCUUCGUGGGCGCAUCUGGGUGUGGCAAGAGCACCCUCAUCCAGCUGAUGCAGCGGUUCUACGACCCCGAGGCGGGCAGCGUCAAACUGGAUGGACGGGAUCUUCGCACACUGAAUGUGGGCUGGUUGCGAUCGCAGAUCGGUGUGGUGGGCCAGGAACCGGUUCUCUUCGCCACCACCAUUGGCGAGAAUAUCCGAUACGGAAGACCAUCGGCCACUCAGGCGGAUAUAGAGAAGGCGGCGCGAGCGGCCAACUGUCACGACUUCAUCACUCGUCUACCCAAGGGCUACGACACCCAGGUGGGCGAGAAGGGCGCCCAGAUCUCUGGUGGCCAGAAGCAGCGCAUUGCCAUUGCCCGGGCUUUGGUUCGCCAGCCCCAAGUGCUGCUCCUCGACGAGGCCACCUCAGCCCUGGAUCCCACCUCUGAGAAGCGGGUGCAAAGUGCCCUGGAACUGGCCAGCCAGGGACCAACCACUCUGGUUGUGGCCCACCGACUGUCCACCAUCACCAAUGCCGACAAGAUUGUCUUCCUCAAGGACGGCGUGGUGGCGGAGCAGGGCACGCACGAGGAGCUCAUGGAGCGAAGGGGACUCUACUGCGAGCUGGUGAGCAUCACCCAGCGCAAGGAGGCCACGGAGGCGGACGAGGGAGCGGUGGCCGGGCGGCCUCUGCAGAAGUCGCAGAACCUGUCUGACGAGGAAACCGACGACGACGAGGAGGACGAGGAGGAGGAGGACGAGGAGCCGGAGCUGCAGACAUCGGGCAGCUCCAGGAACAGCGGAUUUAGAGCCAGCACGCGACGCAAGCGUCGCUCGCAGCGCCGCAAGAAGAAGAAGGACAAGGAAGUGGUGUCCAAGGUGUCCUUCAUGCAACUGAUGAAGCUUAAUUCCCCGGAGUGGCGUUUCAUAGUGGUCGGAGCCAUUGCAUCCGUGAUGCACGGCGCCACAUUCCCGCUUUGGGGUCUCUUCUUCGGCGACUUCUUUGGCAUCCUCUCCGACGGCGACGAUGACGUUGUGCGAGCCGAGGUCCUGAAGAUCUCCAUGAUCUUCGUUGGCAUCGGCUUGAUGGCCGGAUUGGGCAACAUGCUGCAGACCUACAUGUUCACGGCGGCCGGCGUGAAGAUGACAACGCGAUUGCGCAAACGGGCCUUUGGAACGAUUAUUGGUCAGGAAAUUGCCUACUUCGAUGACGAGCGGAAUUCGGUGGGAGCACUGUGCUCCCGCCUGGCCAGCGAUUGCUCCAACGUUCAGGGGGCCACCGGAGCUCGUGUGGGCACCAUGCUGCAGGCUGUGGCCACUCUGGUGGUUGGAAUGGUCGUCGGAUUCGUGUUCUCCUGGCAACAGACGCUCCUCACACUGGUCACCCUGCCACUGGUCUGUUUGUCCGUCUACUUGGAGGGCCGCUUCAUCAUGAAGAGCGCCCAAAAGGCCAAGGCAUCGAUCGAGGAGGCUUCCCAAGUGGCUGUCGAAGCUAUUACCAAUAUCCGAACGGUCAAUGGUCUUUGCCUAGAGCGUCAGGUGUUGGAUCAGUACGUUCAGCAGAUCGAUCGUGUGGAUGUCGCCUGCAGGCGCAAAGUUCGCUUCCGUGGUCUGGUCUUCGCUCUGGGACAGGCGGCUCCCUUCCUGGCUUACGGCAUCUCCAUGUACUAUGGUGGUGUGCUGGUGGCCGAGGAGCGAAUGAACUACGAGGACAUCAUCAAGGUGGCCGAGGCUCUGAUCUUUGGCUCCUGGAUGUUGGGACAGGCCCUGGCCUACGCGCCGAAUGUAAACGAUGCCAUUCUGUCCGCUGGACGCCUGAUGGAUCUCUUCAAGCGCACCUCCACGCAGCCCGAUCCGCCACAGAGUCCCUACAAUACCGUUGAGAAAUCCGAGGGAGACAUUGUCUAUGAAAACGUGGGCUUCGAGUAUCCGACGAGGAAGGGCACUCCCAUUCUGCAGGGCCUAAAUCUCACCAUCAAGAAGUCGACGACGGUGGCUCUAGUGGGUCCAUCUGGCUCCGGCAAGUCCACCUGCGUGCAACUGCUGCUCCGCUACUACGAUCCCGUAUCGGGAUCCGUGAAUUUGAGCGGAGUGCCGAGCACGGAUUUCCCGUUGGACACACUGCGCUCCAAGCUGGGCCUGGUCUCCCAGGAACCAGUGCUCUUCGAUCGCACCAUAGCCGAGAACAUAGCCUAUGGCAACAACUUCCGGGACGAUGUGUCCAUGCAGGAGAUCAUUGAGGCGGCCAAGAAGUCCAAUAUCCACAACUUUAUUACCGCUUUGCCCCAAGGCUACGAGACCCGGCUGGGCAAGACCUCGCAGCUCUCUGGUGGUCAGAAGCAACGCAUCGCCAUCGCUCGAGCGCUGGUCAGAAACCCAAAGAUACUCAUCCUGGACGAGGCCACCUCUGCGCUGGACCUGGAGAGCGAGAAGGUUGUGCAGCAGGCGCUGGAUGAGGCCAGAUCCGGCCGCACAUGUCUGACUAUCGCGCAUCGUUUGACCACCGUGCGGAAUGCGGAUCUCAUCUGUGUGCUUAAACGCGGUGUGGUUGUGGAACACGGCACCCACGAGGAGUUGAUGGCACUGAACAAAAUCUACGCCAAUCUCUACCUGAUGCAACAGGUGUCGGGCUAACACAGCGAGGGGGUGAUGAUAAUUAAUUAGGCUUUAAUUUAGUAUGUACACUAGGCUAAUUGAACAUGUUGAAGUAUUACGAAAAAAUAGAAUGAUU